UUAGAUUAAUCAACAUAUGGCUCAUAUUGAACAGCACAAGCUAUGAGUGAUAGAUUAUGUUAAUAAAACAACAAUAGACAAGAAUAUCAACAGAAGAUUUAUUAACAUAUUGUAUGAGAUUAAAUGAUGGAUUACCAUUGUGGAACAUAGAAGUAUUUAAUAAAUACAGGAUUAUUAAUAAGAUCAUUUUUAUAUUGAUAAUAAUUAAUGAUGUAGAUUAUAUACAUUUCGUUCAUGUUUCUUAUUAUGUGUUAAUAAUGGUUUAAAUGGUGAUUCAUAUCCAAAAAUCUGUAUGUAUUGAAUCAUGUAUAAGUUAAUGAGGAAGAAAUAAUGAUUCAGAUAAAUAAAAGAUCUGUUGAUUAAUAUUGAAUAUCAUCUAAGUUGAAUAAAUUUAAAAUGAAAUUAUGGCUAAGUAUUAUAUAUUACAGGCUUCAUUUACAGCAUAUGAAGAUUGCUUUACAUUUUAAUCUAUGUGUAAAUUAAAAUAUAUUA